AGUGAAAACUGAAACUAAAACGGGUAUAAAUCCUGAUCCAGUGCGUUUGCAGGACAGAGCAGGAAACUGCAGAGAGCUUUUGCACUUCAGCUGAUAAGAAGCAUCACCAGAGGAAACCAGAACAAUGAGUUACGGAGACAUCGGGAGGGUUGAAACCUCUGGAGCUUCAUGGGAAACGUCUCAGCAGGACAGACUCAGUGUUACAGGAGUGAGUGCGUCACACCAAAUGGCCCAGAUUGACGUUGGUAGAAUGGCGACAUACAAAACAAUGAUCCAACGCGUGGGAGGCAGAUUAGGAAUCGAUCCAGCUCUUAUCGCUGGCAUCAUCUCCAGAGAGUCCAGGGCCGGAAAUGCUCUGCAGAAUGGCUGGGGGGACCAUGGAAAUGCCUGGGGGCUGAUGCAGGUUGACAAGAGGCACCACACCAUACAGGGGGACUGGAACAGUGAGGAGCAUCUCUCCCAAGGCACAGAUAUCCUUGUUUAUUUCAUCAAACGCAUCCAGAACAAAUUCCCCUCUUGGUCCAGGGAGCAGCAGCUGAAAGGAGGGUUAGCGGCCUACAACAUGGGGGAUGGAAACGUCCACUCCUACCAAGAUGUGGAUGCCCAAACAACAGGUCGAGACUACUCCAAUGAUGUUGCUGCCAGGGCUCAGUGGUACAAAAGAAAUGGAUAUUAACACCUGGAAGUAGGGAUGGGAAUUGACACGAUUUUUACGAUUCCAAUUCCAUUUUCGAUUCUGCUUACCAAUUCGGUUCUUUAACAAUUCCCUUAUCGCUUCCCCUUUGGAAAAAAAGGACAACAAUGAGGCAAAUGGCGCUAAUAUGAUGGGGAGUGUUCACUAGUUAAUUAGUUACCUGCAGUAUUAUUAGCCAAGGACAUGCUAACGUUGCUGACGCUGCUGGAAAACACAACAUUCCUUCAUUAUUGAUCAUUAUUGCUGCUGUGUGCGCAAUUAUUUUUGCAUGUUGGUGGCAUUUCCUCCCUUUGAUGAAAUAUUCACUUAGCAAGUAUUGCAGGUUAGCCUGCGUUUUUUUUUUUUACUGAAAUAUAACCAGACUUUUGUACGUCUGUAUCGCUUGGGCGCCAUGUCUACUAUCGACUGCUGGCUUACGCACGUUACGUGCUGACGCCAUUCAUGCUCACUGGAAUCGAAAAGCGAAUCGUUUGAAAAAUAUGCAAACGAUUCCAAGGAAUUUAAAUACUGGGAACUGGUUCUGAACAAGAACCAGUUCUCGAUUCCCAUCCUUACCUGGAAGUGAUAAAAAUGUAAAGAUGGGAAUGAAAAAGAAACCAUUUGUGUACCGUUUGAUGAUAAAUAAAUGACAUUCCA